AUGUCGGCCGUUAUCUCAACAAAGCCAGCUGUUCCAGAGAAGAAGCCCGUCAAGUUCAGUAACUUGCUCCUUGGAGCUGGUCUGAACAUGUUCGAGGUUACUACUCUGGGCCAGCCUCUCGAGGUCGUGAAGACUACGAUGGCCGCGAACAGAGGUGAUAGCUUUGCUGGCGCUCUCACCAAAAUUUGGGGAAGAGGUGGUGUUCUUGGCUUCUACCAAGGACUCAUUCCGUGGGCCUGGAUCGAGGCGUCCACCAAGGGCGCUGUCCUCCUCUUCGUCGCAUCUGAAGCCGAAUACUACGCGCGAACCUUUGGGGCUGGUGACUUCACAGCAGGUAUCAGUGGUGGAGUAAUUGGUGGUGUUGCGCAAGCAUACGCUACCAUGGGAUUCUGCACUUGCAUGAAGACGGUCGAAAUCACAAAACACAAGAUCGCGGCUUCUGGUGUCAAGCCACCAGGCACAUUUGCUACUUUCAUGGAUAUCUACCGAAAGGAGGGUAUUAAGGGUAUCAACAAAGGUGUCAAUGCGGUAGCCAUCAGACAAAUGACCAACUGGGGUUCCAGAUUCGGUCUUUCCCGUCUUGCAGAACAGGGUAUCCGCAAAGCUACAGGCAAAGAAGAAGGAGCCAAGUUGGGCGCUUUCGAGAAGAUCCUUGCCAGUGGUCUUGGUGGUGGUCUCAGUGCUUGGAAUCAGCCAAUUGAGGUCAUCAGAGUUGAAAUGCAGAGUAAGACGGUCGAUCCAAACCGUCCUGCUAAGAUGACUGUGGGUAAUACUUUGAACUAUGUUUAUUCGCAAAAUGGUAUUAAGGGUUUGUACCGUGGCGUUGUUCCUCGUAUUGGAUUGGGCGUUUGGCAAACAAUCUGCAUGGUUGCAAUGGGUGAUAUGGCCAAGACUUACGUUGAAAAACUCACCGGAGAGGCUGUCACUGCUAAGCAUUAG